AUGGCCCUGUCUCUACAGAGCUUGGGCUUCUCCCUCCUGAUCAUCCUUGCCAUUUCGGGCCAGGCUUAUGGUUUUGGUGCCGGAAAUAUCGCCUCUCUCUCCAAGAUUGAGGGGCAAAACUGGCGUCACGGAGAUAUUGAAGAUGCCCUCUUGACUCUCUUCCUGGCCCGUGUCGCCGGUGGACGCAAGUUCAGCAAGCUGGAUGUCAAGCGCGUCUAUUUUGGUAACUGGCUGCGCGAUUACAGUCAGGCGGUCGAUGUGGGCACCGUCAAGCACGUCAGUGCCGAAGCUAUUCGCAUUCUCAUCUGGGUCCUGGGCUUUAUGAGCUUUGGCUAUGGCACUCGCGAAUUUGAAGUCACUACCGAACGCUUGGGGUGCUACCAGCCCACCGAGCAUAUCGAUAACCCGUUAGGCUACGCUGAGGGUGACGAUGCCCGACGCUACGACCGUCGUCUUCGUGGACCCGUUGACGAGGAGCGUGAGCUAUCCAUUGACACGCAAACUGGCCUGAAAAACUACAUCGCAUCCGAAGACCUCGGUAUUGACACCUCGGCUGCCCUGAUCCGCCGUGUUUUGGGUCAAUCGAUUCAACUCGGCCGUCGCUAUGCCCGCUCUCGCAACGACGACGAUCUGCACGAGGCCCUGCGUCUUCUCGGAACCGGUCUGCACUGUCUGGAAGACUACGCUGCCCACUCCAACUACACGGAACUCAGUCUGAUCGAGCUCGGCGAGAGGGGUGUCUUCCCUCACGUCGGCCGUAACACCAAGGUCCAGAUUCGCGGGGUCCGCGAAGAGGUCUAUCCCAUCGUGACGGGCACUUUUGGUGGAGUUGACUUCUUCCACUCGGUCCUGGGAGAAUUCUCGGAUAAGACCAAGCAGUCCGAACUUCAGUCCCUGGAAGGUGUCAUCUCCGAGUCCGAAAAUGAGGGCCCGUCCAAAAGCAUGCUGCAGGAUUUGCUCAGCAAGAUCCCCAGUGGCCUGAUUGGUAGCAGCGAUGACCAGGCCGGCAAGAUGGAUGACUUCAAGACCAAGGCAGACAAUGCCCGCCAUGAUACCCAGAACGUCAGCCCCCGUCAGCCAGAGGAGUGGGCCCAGUACGUGAACAAUGUCCAGAAGCAGAUCUACCCCGUCCUUGAGUGGCACGAUGAGCUGCUCAAGAGCAUCAACGAGGCCAUCGAGAAUAUUCCCGUUCUUCCGGAUCUGAUCGAGCAGAUUCAAGACGAGAUCACCGUCUUUGUCUUCUCUGUGAUCGCGCCGUACAUCCUGCCCCUUAUCAAGCAGGCCAAGUCAGAGCUGGAGACGGGUUCUUCGGAAGUCAUUCAGUCCAGCCGGGAUCAGCAGCACAUUGUGUUCAAUGAUGACAACUCCUCGAACCCCACCCACUCGAUGCUUUCCAAGGACCACUUCUCCAACAUCCUCAACGAGCCUGCUGGACGAAUUGCUUCGGAGGUGGUCAAGUGGACCGUUCCUCAGCUGAUGCAAUGCUGGGACGAUGAGAGCAUCGACAUUGACCGAACUUUGAACCGAAUCAUCACCGGUGUGUUCCACCACCCCGCGCUGCACAGACACGGCGACGACGGCGCAGCCGACAUUCGCGGAAUCAUGUUCUCCACCGUGGAGCAGUGGUGGAGUGGCAAGAGCGAACGGGAGCGCGAGGAGCUUCGCGACCAGCUGAGCCGCGAGGGCGUCCGCCAAGGCCGAAACCACAAGGAGGGUGUCCAGGACUGCGGCCAUGGAUGUGGAAAGCCCCUCGCUCUGCCGACGAAACAUGGCAAGACUGGUGGUGGCGGCGGCGGUAGCAGCAGCAGCGGAAACUACCAGCAAUCUACUGACAAUGGACUGGGUAAGAUCGCUGCUCAGGCCGUGGGAGGAGGCGCCCUCGGCGGUCUUGUCGGUGGUCUCGUAGGCAGUGUAGGCUCCAUUGUCCUGGAAGACGGUGGCUUGGAAGGCCGAAGCAGCCCGAAGAGACAAAAGAGCCCGAAGAGACAGAAGAGUCCCAAGAGAGAGAAGAGUCCCAAGCCCCACAGAUACGGUGGUCGUGAUGACGACGACGAUGACAAGCACGAGCACGAGAAUCGUCGACGCCACCAUGAGCGUCGCGAAGAGCCCGAGACCCAGUCAUUCGGCUAUGCGCCGCCACCUCGUCAGGGAGGUUACGAGUAUCAGAGUGAGUCGACGUACGAGGAGCGUCCGACACAUCGCAAUGAUUAUGGCCGUGAUGAGCGUCCGGCACCUCGCAACGACUACGGGCGGGAUGAAGUCCGCAAUGACUUUGCUCGCAACGACUAUCCCCAGCAGGACACCUACGGCGAGUGUCCUCCUCCCCCAAACGACUUUGCUCGAAACGACUAUCGCAGCGACUUCCCUCGCAAUGACUUCCCACCGAACCCACCUCCGAUGCAGAGCUACCGGCGCGAGGAGUAUCGGGAAUCCCAGCAGGGCGAAGGAGGCUACUACCAGCAGGAGAGCCGACAGACCUACGAGUCGGGUCGAACCGAGUACCAGCGCACUGAGACGCGCUACGACUACGGCGCGCCGCAGCCUACCUACGAGACCAUGCAGCAGAGCAGCUUCGGCGAUGGGCGCGUUGAACGGGAGUACUCGUCUGGAUACGGUGCACCACCACCGCGCGGAGAGUAUGAAGAGGAGUAUGGGCGGCCUAGCUUCCAGCCACGGGAGGAGAGCUACAGCCAGGGCUUUGGCGGUGGCAAUGUGGACAUUGUCGAGCGCCGACCUCACCAUGAGCGCCAUUCCAGGAGAGACUCUGGGUCUGGCAGUGGUAGCGAGGAGGAAGGUCGUCGCAACCGACACCAUCACCAUCGUCGCCGCUCGGGAUCGGGAUCGGAUUAG